CCCAUCAUUGCUUCUCUCAGCCCCGAUCAAGACGCUUGAGACUUGGCCAAGAGCCCCCGGCGUGCUCGUGUUCAUUUCAGAGCGUCUAAAAUGAGGGCUGUGCACAACUAGUGCUUUGAAUGGCGCUGCAGGACUCCGUGGAUCACGUGGAGACCAAAGCGCGACUCGUCGCUCACGAUUCCCUGCCCCCGAACCGAGCAUCCCGUCUCACCUCAUUCAUUUCUCUUCAGGCUCAUCGGCGGCCAUUGUUACAGUCAUCAUGGUCUCAUUAGGCGGCGUCUUCCUUCUUUUCAUGUUUCUAGCGACACAAUCGUUGUCACGCGAUAUUCCGAACAAUGUUAAAGACUUCUAUGGGUUCGUCCGCGGGCGGAACAAGUGCCAUCAUACGUUAGCAAGCGGGUUUCACAGCAGUGAGGGUGACAGCGGAGAUUUCAGCUACUGCGGAGAUUACCUGGAUGAUUACAAGAUCAUAUAUCUCCAAGGGAAAAAUGGCGAGUUGGCCAACAUGGACGUGGACUGCGACGGUGAGCAAGCCGGAGGCGACGGACGUUGCGGCAGAUCCACCGACACUCAAUCUGAGACGACAUUCCGCGACCAGCUGAGGAGUUAUGGGACUGGGCGACGAGACCUCAACGCCUCGGUACACACCUAUGUUGUAUUCGGAAAUCAAGGUACUAAAAGCGGCUGGCCUACAUUCAACCCAGAAAAGCAUGGCGUCAAACCACUCAGCGUAAUCGCUGUCGUGUGCAAUAACAAAUUGCUGUACGGAAUCUGGGGAGAUACAAAUGGUGACGAUGGGCCUCAAGCCAUGGUAGGUGAGGCUUCCAUAUCACUCGCCACUGCUUGCUACGGCAAUAGUAUCAACGGAAACUCAGGACAUGAUGACAACGAUGUCCUAUAAGUCAAACCCCCCACUUCCUGGCACCCCCCUGUUUCUGGCACCCACAAAAACGAUGGGAUCACAACCCAACCUCCUCAUUACUAUUAACUAUUGAUCCUCAACCACACCCACUACAAUACAACUGCCAGCCUCACUAGGGCAUUCAGAGUCGCUGGAUUCAGCCGUAAUAAC